ACUCGGCACUCGCGGCCGCGGCCCUCAUUCACUCAGUCCUCUGCCGACUACUUCGGCGAACGCACGCGCCCGGUCCGCGCUGCAGAUGUUAGUGUACGAUUUCGACAUCGACUCGCAACUCGGACUUUUACCGUGACAGUGAACACAACUUUUUCGAAUAUGGGUUAAACACCCCCCGAAACGCGAUGAGUCCGGGCGAGCGCGCCGCCCUCGGGCGUCGCGAUCCCGCUCGCCCCCAGUAUCCUACCAGCGCACCGGGUUUCCCGCCGCCCUACUACCCGCCCUACGGUGUGCCGCACCCGAAUGCGUGGCUUGGCGCGCCUCUCAUAUCCAUGGCGGGACGUGCACCACCUUCUCGGAAUACUCCAGUCUCCAAGUUGGCAAUACACGCUCAGGGUGCUCCACUUAUCAUACAGAACAGACACGACAGACGAAAAUACACCACCACACCGGAGCAGCGCAACCAACAGAGGCAACCAGCGCAUGCGGAGCAUACUACUAGAGAUAAAUGCGAUACACCCGAAAGCAACAGGCUCCACAGUCAGCAGCAGCAAGCGCGUUCCACGCGAGGCGGACGUAAUAACAACAACAACAACAACAACACGGAUGCUGUUAGUGUCGCUAGUGACGAGAGUUCCGGCUCUAACAACUCUGAAACUAUGUUGCCCAGAAUUAUAAAACCGCGAAAACGUCGUAAAAAGGAUAGAAAGCCGAACAACUUAAUACCACACGAUUUGACUGCGGUUGGAUUGGAUCUCGUUGAUGUGGAACAUUGUGCAGUUUCGGGCAUCGUGACGAUGCCUCACGGAGUUUAUAAGGAAUCUUAUUGCCGUGAGAUGUCUUUACCAUACCGACUAGACGUGAAAGUGCUGGAGUACCCUGAGCCUGUGCCCGAGACAUACAGAGUUUCAGCGUUAGGUGAAGCGCUGGAAGGUACUAGAUUUGGUUUAUCUGAAGCAGCAUCACCUGCAGAGUCGGCAGUGAGUUCCUGUCAGUGCCGGUAUUGUGACCCUGUUGGACAAAUUUGGGACGCGGAUUCAAUUGCCGAUUUACUUGAUGAGAAUUCCUGUGGUGAUUUUGCGCCUACCAAGUUGGAAGAAUCGAUGAAAGUUGUCGGACCGCUCGGCAGACGAGGUGCAGAUACGACAUUACGACGCAGUUGGAGUGAUCCUUCGUCUCGAGUGCCCGACAGACGUGAAGUGACCAACACUGAAAAUUAUUCUGCACCAAAUCUGUAUUCCUUGUUUCCACCCUCACGACGCGCUAGCUCUCCUGAACCACGUUCGCCAUUGGCUUUGGAAAUAUCCUCUGAAAUCGUUACUUCGAUGAACGGCCACCGUGACUUGGAAAUCAAGUUGUUUUCGACCUCGCCCCCGGCUACGAACUCCGACCGCCGCUCCUUCUUCGCCGAUAAAAGUGAAAGUGCCGUGAACAGAUGUGCGAGUUUCGAUCCAAAAGUGAACAGUGCUGUUAUUAGUGACAGAAAUGGUUUUAGUGCUGAAGGAAAACAGAGUGAGAAUGUGUCAGAGUCGGGAUGCUCACCCGCUACAGUGAGUGGGCCGCCAUCGCGCAACAUUUGUGAUUUAGCCUUAGUUACUACUUGAGGCACUUGUGAUCGAAUUCCUCGUUAAAUGCUGACUGGUGACAUCAUGCCACCAGUCCUAGGAGCUCUACGCUCGCCAUUUGAGCUGGUCUCAAAUUGUCACAGCGAGGCACGCACGGAGCGUCUCAUCGCAACCCGUAAAAAUUGAGAUCUCCAAAUCGGUUUCCUGUAGAUUCUAUAAUUAAUUUAUUAUUAACAAUAGCAUAGGAAGCUGACCGGGAACUUUAUCUAGGUAAAUGUCGAAGGAUUCACCGAUUCGCCCUUUAAUAUUAUUUAUUCAGAGUUCAGUAAAAGAGCACUAAUACCAUUUGUUUUACUUAUUUGUAAUUCGGAUAGUUAUGUAACUGAUUUUAUUUCAUUUUUAAAUCAAUUUGAUACUUGAAUAAAAUAAUGUGCUAUUCAUACUGAUUGGUCAAAGGAUUCCA